CGACAAUGAACUAGGUACAUUUCAUUUUAAGUGCGCUCAGUGCUCGAUCGCGUAGCCAUCGUAUUCAGAUUAUUAUCGUCGGGAAGCCAUUAUCCUAUCGCAGAACAAGAUGUUGGUGAAACUGGCUGCGAUUCUAAUCAUCGCUGGACUGUUAGGAGAUUCAAGAGCUGCCGCACUCGAAUCUCAAAAUCAGAUUUCCAAUCUGAGAGUGAAAAGUGGAUGGUACCGGUUGGGAACACCUGUGAGCGAUGACAGUAACAUGAUCCCUGAUUUUUCCUUCAGCAAAGUCAUUGCCCUCCUCAAGACGUUCCUUAUGAAUGCUUCACAAGGCUCCCUCAAUAAUACCCAGCUCUCCAAUUUCAAGAAUACUACACUCAUGACGGUGACAAGACAGAGCGUGACAGAACUCGGCGAUUUUCCCGUAUCCAUGACAACCGCCGAACAGAUGGUCGAGAUCGUCGACUUAAAGGCUAUUUGGAAUCAAACGGAAGUCCUAUUGGGGCUCCUUAAAGCCGAAGGGGAGCUUGUGGCCCUAUUGAGCGGGACCGCAAUGAAAUUAGUCAUGACAGCGACCUCUAGCGGCAACGGUACCUGUCAAAUUGAUAUUCAGAUGGUGCUACAGAAACUCGGCUUGGACUUGGAUUUUUCUCAACUCCCUCUUGGCAUCCUCCUCCAAGUAGUCGUAUCGAUUCUCAGUUUUCUUGUGUCGGCACUCGGGGAUCUUCUGUCUCCCGUACUUGGACCGUUAUUGACGAUAUUGGUAGGAAAUCUGAUAGAGCAAGAGAUGGACUCGAACUAUGUGUGUACACUUAUGCGAGAAAUAGAGGAGGGUCAAAUAGUACCGUUACCUCUAUUCCCUCUAUAAAUGAAAAUUUCUCUUUUUACGAGAGAGCUUUUUUUGAAACGGUUUGAUUAUCGAUCUAAUAAUUGAUAAUUUCUGGGAGCGUCAUGUGAGGAGGACAUGCUGUGAAAUUGAGCAGGGUUGCCACAGAAUUUGGAAAAUGAAAUUCCCUGAUAGUUCCCUGAUUUCCCUGACACAUUUUGGUGAAAUUCCCUAACAAUUGAAAAUAUGACAAAUGGUUAAGAAGACAUAAUUAAAAAUAGUUUUCAGGCAACAUUUGUUGUUCGAAACCUCAAACCUAUUCUUAAAAGCAGAUAAAGGCGAUUUAAAAAAAUUUUCCUGGCAUUUUCGUCAUUUUCCCUGACAUUUCCCGGUUUUCCCUGACUGUGGCAACCCUGAUUGAGGUGUUGGGUGAAGAAAGGGCGUUUUUGGUUGCGGUGUCUCGAAAUCUCCACUGCUGAUUGGACGUAUUUCUACUAAACGGAACCAGCGACGGGUGGGAAAGAGGGGGUGUGCUUGUAAGUUGAGGGCCAUAAGAAUGGAUGGGAAAUAUAAAGCGCCAGUGACGUCACAGGCGACGACCGAGCUCGAACACGACGAGGAGAUUGACUCUAAACUCAUGACCCCUGUCCACGACACUCAUGCCCACGGCUCAUGAGUGUCGCAUAUUUAGGCGCUGAGUUCCAUUUGAUUUCAUGUCGAAUUCCAGUUUUCUAUUUCCACGAGAGGAAUCACGUCUACUUGUAAAUUGCUCCUCAUGUACCUUUCUUCUACAUCACACCCCACAUUUCCCACCUGUCACGAGUUCCUACCGGCGUAAAUAUGUCCAAUUUACAUUUUACAAAGGAAAUUAUUGGGUGAAUUUUCUUGAGAUCCAGCAUUGUGAACAAUGAUUGCAUUUUGCAAAAAGGAACUAAGAGCAUACCAAUGUUGCCAGGAUUGUGCAACUCAUAUUCUUCGCCAAAAACUACUGAGAUCGUGCAAAAUAUUAAAUUCACAAAGAUAAUUUUCGUCUUGAACUGAUAGUUUCUUAGGAGUAAAGAUAAAUAAUGUUUAGAUGAUCGGUUUAUAUUUGCAAGGUAAAGGAAGAUGUACAAUCUUCGCAGCAUUGGAAUGCUUGUGGUUCCUUUUUGCAAAAUGCAAUCCAAAUUAUGAAGAAAAUUUAAGAAAAUAAGAAAUGUCCUUUCUGCAUCCGGCGUUUCAAUUACUGCAUUUUCACCUGCAUUUUGGAGUUGACCUUUCCUUGGACAAUUUUGAAAUAUUUUAAGGCAUUUUAAUGCAUGUUCGAGGUUUUGAGAUGAGCCCUACCUUCCUGCAAAAAGGUAUCAAUGGCAGGGGUCGGAGUGUCGACAUUUUUUCUUAAAACAUUAAAACUACCUUGUGACGCGAGAAUGAAAAUACCCUGGAUUUUUUAGUUGAAUAGGUAAGUAAGAGAGUUAUGAUAAAAUACGUGAAUGUAUUGAAACAUACAGGUUUAAAUUAAAGAGGCUGGCCACUGAUGUUACAAGGUGGUGGAUUUUCUCGACUUUAAAGCACGCUUUCUCCAUGAUCCCUCAUGGGAAAAAAAUUGUGAAAAAUUUCCUAAACUCGGCUUAAUUAAUACUACUUUUGCAUGAAGCAACAAAAUUUUCUCAUGCCGUACCUCAUAACCCAUUUUACCUCCUCUGAAUACCCUCCCCUAUUCAAAUUUUUCUGAAACGACGCCCCGAAUAAUUUCUGAUUUCUUAUGAAUUCUUUUCAAACAUGUCUCAGAAUUCAGAGAUUAUCAACUGAAUCAGUCAUUUUCAAAAAGAUUCAGGCAAUAGAAAUGAUAAUAUAAGAAAAACGGGUUUGAACUUUUAACAUUGACUCGUCCACACGCUUUUUUCUCAGCUUUGCAAUAUUGCAAAAGGUCUUUCUUCAAAACUUUUGUCAUGGAUAAGUCCUGUUUGCUUAGUGCAAUUUAAUACGGUGAUAAGUCAUAGGAUAAGAUAAGUUUGUAGCACCCAAAUUGCACCUUGUAAAUUUGCUGAUAUCUGAUUAUAAUUUUUUCCUGAAUUUUACGGUUCAAAAAAUUGUAUGAAUAUGAAUUGUUAUUUCUUUCGCCUAUCACUUUUUCUGGAAAACCCCAAUUAGAAUUAAAACUGCGGAAAAAGGAGUUCUGUUGAAUUUUAUUUGGUUUUUUCACGAUCUUGAACUUAACUCAACGCUCUGUAAAAUUUCAGGAAACACAGCUAGAUUGACAGCUAUAUCAAAAUUGUUUUUUUAGAUUUUUUUAAAUGGAUUUUUUUUAAAUAAAACAAUUUUUUGAAUCUCC